AUGACAGACAACGAAUCCGAUUUAAUAGACUAUUUAAGUAAUAAUGGACCAACUUCACUUAAACAAUUACUCAAUACUGAAAUUCAUACAACAUUUAAUCCAAUACAAUGUCGUGAUUUUGGUCUUUUCCUUAUUAAAUUAAUUCCAAUUUGUUAUUCACAUAUAUCUAAUGAUGAUGCUGAACAAGUGAUAAGUGCACAUUUUAAGCAAGAACAAAUUGAUCAUUCUAAAGCAAAAGCAUCAAAUAUAUUUGAAACAUUAGAUUGUAUUUUUGAUACAAUCGUUCGUCUUUUUCAUUUUCCUUCUAACCAUGAUAGUCGUGCAUUAAAUGUAUCUAUACCUGAAAUAAAUAAUGUUCAUAUUGAAAUUGCUCAAACAUUUGUUCAUCUUUCACUACCACAAUUAACAACUGAAUAUAAAAUUCUUUGGUUUUAUCAGAAAAAAAUUCGUUCACUUUUUCUUAUAUUUCGACAAAUUAUUUCAUUUCAACCAUCAACAUUUACGAAUAAUUUUACAUCGAAUCCAAUUGGUUCAUUAAUAACAGUUAUUUACAAUUAUUUAUCGUCACCAGCAGCAAUAUCACCAUUUCUUAUUCAAUUAGGAUUUGAUAUUUUACAAGGUUUUGCUUUACUAAUUGAAAGUACACUUUGUAAUAUAACACAAACAAAUUCUAUUGAACGACGAACAAUAAAUGAUUUAUUAAAUUUAAUCAAUCAAUUUUUAAUAAGUGAUUAUUUUUCAUUGUUUAGUUUAUUAAGUACAGAUAAACAAAAUGAACCAAAUGCAAAAGAAUUACUUGAACAUUGUUCAAUUAUAUUAAAACGUUUAAAAAUUUAUCGUUCCGAAAAAUUACAACGUAAACAAAGUUGUCAUAUUAUACAAACAUAUUGGGAAAAUAGUUAUGAACAAGCAUAUAUAUUACAUCAUCAUCAAAAUUCAUUUGAAUUAAUAAUUAAUAAUAAGACUAAUUUCGAUGGUAAUAUUGAAAUUAAAAAUGAUAAUGAUGAUAAUAAUCAAAUGAAACGCAUUUGUGUUAUUAGUGCUAUUUAUGAUAAAUUAUUAAGAUUAGCUAUUAAACAAUUAGAAUCUAGUCAACCAUUAUUUUCUUUCAUUCAAGAUUGUCUAUUCUAUUUAACAUCUAUUGGUUCAUGCUCAUGUUAUUCUCUUUCUCAUUAUCGUAUAUUUUUAUCUAAAUUGAAUCAUCUUAAAACUGAUGAAGAAAUCCUUACAUGUCUUGAACAGCAAUCUAUUAAAUUAUUUCGUCAAGCAUUUCUUCUUAUUUCAAAUUGUUUUCAACGUAAUCAUCAACAUCAUCAUCAUGAUACACAAAUACCAGAUAAUACAUUAUUUUGGUCAUAUUUAUCAAAUCAUUUAUUUCAACGUUCGUCACGUUAUUCACUUACAUUAAGUCGAUCAUUUCCAGAUCUUAUACAAUGUUGUUCAACAAACGAUAAACAAUUAGCUUUAAAAUGUUGUAUAAUUCCAGUAUUAGAAUUUUAUCGUACAAAUAUAUCAAUACAAAAUUCAAUAAAUAUUGAAAUAGUUGAAUAUCUUAUACAAACACUUCCAAAUCUUUUAUUUGAUAUUAUUAUUGAUGUACCAUUAUUAUCAUUAUCAGACACAUUAAUAACUUUAUCUUCAUUAUUACCAUCACUUCUUAUUCAUACAUUACCUGCUUUAGGUUGUUUACUUACAUCAACAUCAAAUUGUUUAAAUUUAAAUAUAUCUGAAUCAUUUCUUCAUUUAAUAAUUAAAUUAAUAAAUUCAUGGUCAUUACCCAAUGAUAGUAUUGAUAAUUUAUGUCAUAUACUUAUCAUACUUUUACAAAAAUAUUCAGUAUUUCGACAAAUAUUCUAUGCUAAUUUUUGUUAUUUAAGUUUAUAUGAACGUUUUCAAUUAAUGUUAAAUAAUAAAUUAACAAUUCAAUCAUCAAUAAUUGCAAGUAUACUUGUAUCAAUAUCAUAUUAUACAAAACCAAAUAAUGAUAAUUUUAAUUAUAAAUUAAUACUUGAACAAAUAACAUUAUUCAGUGAAAAAAAUCGUUAUAAUCGAUCAUGGUUUGAAUUACUUGUACGUUUAUCAUUAUCUCAACAAUAUCAAGAUAAACGAACAAGAUGGAAAAGUUCAAUUAAUUAUAAAAAUCAAUCAUUAAAUGAAACUGAUGAUGAAAGUUCAACAAAAUCAAUACUAUCUAUAACAAAUGUUGAUGUAGAAAAUCUUGAAAAUAUUGAUGAAGAUGAAGUUUAUUAUGGUGAUAUAGAAUCAUUUAGUGAUAAUAUACCAAUAGAAAAAGUUGCAAAACAAAAUCAAACAAUGUAUUCAAAUUUAAUUCUUUUCCCCGAAUUAGUUAUUCUUGGAUUAAAAAUUGCUUGGCAAAAUGUUGAUAAUGAAUGGAGUGAUCAACAAACUACAAAUAAAACAUCUAUUUAUGUAACAAAUUUUGUCACCUACUUAGAACUAUUAUCAUCAUUAGUUCGUGCAAAUACUUAUAAUUGUAUUGUAUUAAAAAAAUUAAAUAUUGAUGGUUAUCUUUUUACUUGUCUAACAAAAAUUGUUCCUCGUGCAGCAUUUAUACAAAAAGAUGCUUUAAUAUCAUUAAUAAUAACACUUUUACAAUUUUUAUGGUCACAAUCAAUAACAGUUAAUCAACUUGAUGAAUGUUUUAAACUUAUAUUAAUUCAUCGAUCAUUAGUUGGACCAUUACUUCGUUUAUUUAAACAUCUUGUACAUCAAAUUGAUCCAAAUCAACCACGUUCAUUUUGUUCCAUGCCAUUAUCAUCCAUAGUUACAUCAAAAGGUGGAAAUAAUUUACGUUUAACACUUGAACAAUUAUUUUCAUUAAAAUAUCCUCAAAUAGAAAAUAAUCAAAUAAAUUCAUUCGUAAGCAAUAAUAAUGUUCGUCAAACAGCCAUUGUUACUGAAACAUUAAAAACAGUUCAAUUUCAUUUUCCAUUAACAAUUGCUAUAUGGUUAAGAGUUAAUUAUCCAUUUGAUAAACAUGAAACAAAUGAUGAUAAUCAAGAUGAAAAUGAAGAAUCAACGAAAAAAGAUUAUCGAUCCAUGUUACAUAUUCUUACCUUACAUCAUGAAGGUAUUCAAUUACAAUUUUGGUUAGAUUCAAAAUCUAACAUUUGUUUAAAAAUUGUACAAUUAUCAUCAACAUCGAAUCAUCAACAACUCAGUGAUUUCAAUCUUCGUCUAUUUAAUCUAUCACGUGAAUCUUGGUCUCAUGUAUUUCUCACAAUAUCAAAAGCAACCAAUACAGUUCGUGCAUGUCUUAAUGGCCAAACGUCUCUAACUAAAAAUCAUUCUAUACCUCAAUUGUAUUCUUCAAAUUCAACAAAACCAUGGUCAAUCUCUCUUGGACAACAAUCUGUAGAUACAUGUACAGCAUUCUAUUAUGAUCUUGGAAGCAUUCUUCUUUUUGAUAAAGUUGAUUUAAUGAGUACAGUUAGUAAUGAUUGUAUUCCAACAUAUUUAUUUAGUUUGGGUUCAGAUCAUUGGCAUUUUUUAACAGGUGGUCAACAACAGCAAUCACUUGUUAACUAUUGGAUAUAUCAAAGAUUUACUCGUGUUCAUCCAUCAAUGUCAAUUGAUCAAUUUGAAAUCGAACAAAAUUCAUGGCAUACAGUAUUAAAACGAUCACUUUUUGCUUCAUAUUCAUCAAAUAAUCCUUGGACGUUAUAUAUAUUUAAUACAAAUAUUGAUACAAAUGAAGAUAUUGUACCAAGUCGUUUUAAUAAAAUUUUACCAUUUCGAUCAUCAACAUCGUCAUCAUCAACAUCAUCAAUAACAACAAAUGAUGAUAAUUUAUUAACAACAACAACAACAACGAUUUCUUUACCAUCAAAAAUUUCUCUCGAACAAUCAAGUAAUAUUCUUAAUGUAUGUGAACAAUUAGGUGGAAUAUUAAAUUUUAUUUAUUUAUUUGGAAAAAUUAUUGAAAUAAAUACAUAUCCAUCAUCAUCAUGUAUUUGUCAUAUAAGUGAUAUUAUAUUUACAUCAAUAUGGAAAAUAAAAUCUUAUUAUGAUUUAUUUAAUUCACUUGAUGGUUAUCGUUUAAUUGUUAAAAUAUUAACAACAAACGAAUGUACACGUCAUAUAUCAAAAAUGUUUUAUGAAGUAUUAAUUGAUAAAUGUAUUAUAUUAAAUCAACAACGUUUAUAUGAUAUAAAUUUAUUUCGUUUUAUUUUACUUGAUUGGAAAAUUUGGUAUAAUCAUUCAAAACUAUUUCAUCUUAUAUUAAAAUCAUUUAAUGAUUUAUUAUCUGAUCAAAUUAAUUCAAAAUAUUUUUAUGUUAAUCGACAAUUAUUUAAAACUAAUUUUACACUUGAACAUUUACUAAUAUUAUGUCAAGAAAUCAUUGAAGAACAGCAACAAAUAGUUAUUGAUAAAAAAUUAACCAAACUAUUAGUAAAUAUAAUUGAAGCUUUAGUUGAAAAUGAUAUUAAUAUUAUUGCAUUAUUAAUGAAUUUUGUUUUACUUAUACAUCCAUUAAUUAAAACAUAUGUUACAUAUAAUAAAGAACAUUUUUAUUUUAUUUCAAGACCAUUUAAUUAUUAUCAAACACGAAAAAAAUAUCAAAACGAAAAUAUAAUUAAAGAAAAUUAUAGAAAAGAUAAUUCAAAAAUUUUCAAUCGACAACGUUCAACAACAGUUCAUAAUGAAGAACAAUCGAAAUUAAAUCUUAUUAAUAAGAAAGAAAAUUCAAAUGUUCGAAAAUCAUACUCAUUUUCAGAUUUAUUAUCUUCAACAGCGUCAAUUGGAAAUGAGAGUGAUACAUAUAAUAAUCAUCGUGUACAUCAUAAAACUGUAUCAGGUGCACCGACAACAUCCAAAUCUCCAUCAAUAACUUUUAAUAUUAAAUCAAAUAUAUUAGGAAAUAAAGAAUGUGCACAUAAUAUUGAUUAUCUUUCGACUGGUAUUUUACGAUUAUUAACAAAUAUAGCUUUAACAACAUCGGAUCGUUUAAUGAUGAAAUUAAUUGAUCAUGUAUUUCGUUUAAAUAUUUUAAUUGUUCUUUUACUUGAUGCAUCAAUGGCUAAACGUGUUCAAUGUAUAAAAUUACUUGAUAUUAUUUUAAAACGUAUGGAUAAAGAUCAAGUACAAAAUGAUGUAUUAAGAGCUGAUUUACAUACGAUGUUAGCUAAUCAAAUAUAUCAUCAAUUAGAUGGACGUGAUGAUGAAAAAGAACUUGUAGAAAUCUGUGUUUCUAUUGCAUUACAACGUCCUAUUCAAUUUGAUACUAAAUUAAACUUAUCGGAACAAAUUCAUGAUGCUGAACAAUAUUUUUCUAUUGUUUCCUCUUCACCACCAUGUCCACGAUCUCAAGUUGGUUUUGCUUUAGUACUUUCACUUAUUGAAAAAUUAAGUAUGACAAAUACUUAUUUAUGUGAAUUAAUUCUUAAAUUAGUUGAUCAAAUUAUAUUACGAUCAAAUGAUGAAAAUCGACAUUUUCUUGUUGAUAUUGGUUUAACACAAGUACUUUUUAAUACACUUUCAUCAUCUAUAUCGAAUUCACAAGAUAAAAUAAUAACAUGUGUACAAAAGUGUUUUAAUUCCUUAAUAAUAACUAUGUUUACAACAAGUAUUAAUGAUGAUAUAUCAUUUAUAUCAAUUAUUAAUAAUAUUAUUGGAAUGAUAAUGAUGAAUGAUGAUAUAGAUGAUAAAGAUUGUUCGAAAAUCCAUCGACGUAUAUUUCAUCAAACAUUAUCUAAUAUGCUUAAUUCAAUAAUUGAUUCAAUUGAAAAACCACCAUCAAAUAAUAUAACAUCAUAUCAAUCAAGAUUUCAACGAAAUAAGCUUGAUGAUAAUAAUUUUAAUUUAAAAACAAUUGAACAUUCUGAUAGAUUUCGUAAAUUUUUACAAUUAUCACUUGAUUAUAUUUAUUUAUUUCAUAAUGAAUGUUCAUUAUUUGAAAUAUUUACAUUACAUUUAUUAGAUAUAUGUUUACUUGGUAUUGCAUAUGUUAUUGAAAAACGUUCAAAUUCUAAUAAUUUAAAUUCUCGUCAUCAAAUGUCAUUAAUUAUGUUUCGUUGCGGUGAUAUUAUUAAACAAAUAGGACAAAAAUUACUAACUAUUUCACUUGAUCCAGAUAAACAACGUUUUAUUUUUCGUAUACAAAUAUUAAAACAUAUUAUUGAACAACCAAAUUCAAAAGCAAUCAUGGAAUAUCUUCUAAUUAAUGAUACACAUUGUUAUUUAUAUCAUCAAAUACUUAUUUAUUUAAAAAUACUUUCAAACACAACACUAAAUGAUUUUGAAUUUGAACAAAUUAAUAAUCAAUAUCAAAAUUCAUAUGAACAAUCAAGAAAAUCAUUUGAUUCAGGACAUUCAACAUUAGCAACAGUUAUGCAUAGAAGUCAAACAUUAUCAAAUGGAGAAGAUUCAUCAUCUCAUACAAUAAAUAUAUCAACUAAAUUAAAUUUAACUAAACAAACAAAACGUCCUAUAAAAAUUAAAAUUAAUAAUGCACCAAUAUCAACAAGCGAUGAAGAACAUGGUGUUGGUCAACUUUCUAGUUCAACAUCAACAAGUGAUGAACAAGAUAUUGAAAGAGGAAAAAGUUUUGAUCGAUCAUCGUCACUUUCAAUUUCUUCAGUUGGUAGUGAAUUCACACCAUUACAACAAUUAUCGAUUAGUAAUUAUCAAAAUAUUAUUAAUACAUUUCGAGAUCUUAUGCGUACAAUUAAUAUUCAAUCAUUAACAGCAAAUGACAAUAAUGCAGCACAACGACGAGCACUUACCGAAUAUUUACUUACACCAUCAGAAUUAACACCUUCUCCGAUACUUCGUCAUAGUUCUCGAACAACACUUCAUCGUCGUUCAUUUGAUUGGUCAGCAUCUAUAUCUUCAAAUGGCACUCAAUUACCAAAUCGUAUCAAUAAAUCGAUUUCACCCGAUCGUGCACAUCGUCGUUCAUCACAUACUCCAUCUCCAUCACCUGUAUUGGUUAGUUGGUCAUCAAUUGUUGAAGAAAAACGUCUUGAAUAUACAAAAACUCUUCAUCAAACAAUUGAUACAAUACAAAACCGUUCAAUAUCAGCACAAAAAAGUUUAUUACAAACAUUUACAAAUGUAACCAUAUCAACAAUAACAGCACGUGCUAUGGAAAUAACACAAGAUGUAAUAAAUCUUCAAGGUUUUGAACGUAAAAAAUAUCUUGAACAUCUUCGUUUAACACAAAGUCUUGGUCUACGUAUAAAACAUUUAUGGCAUCAAUUAAUAUCUCAAUUAACACAUGAAUAUGGUGUUUGGUUUGAACCAUUAUCAUAUCCGAAAUUUUGGGAACUUGAUCCAACAGAAAAUCCUCAACGUGAACGUCGUCGUUUACAACGUUCAUAUUGUUUAAUGGAAAAACGUUUUUUUCAACCUUACAUACCUGAUGAAAUACUUGUUAAUCCUCCAUUAGCAUAUUUAUUUGAUACACGUCAUUAUCAAUCUGUUAAUAUGCAAACAGUUCUUUAUCGUAAUGAAAAAAUAGAGUAUCAAUGUCGUUGUAUGAAUGUAACACCAAAUAAUGAAAUCAAAGGUGAAUUACUUGUUGGUACAACACGAAUUUAUUUUGUUGCUGAUGAACAAUUAUCAGCAUUGACAAAAACAAAAAGCAUUAAUUCAGCUAUGUCAGCUGUUGGUUAUAAUUAUCAUUCAUUUAAUGAUGAUUCAAAUUCAUUUUCAUUUGCUAUCGAUGAUAUAUGUGAAAUGUAUAAAAGACGUUAUAUGUUAAAAGAUAUUGCACUUGAAUUAUUUUUUAUUCAUGGUAUUACAUUAAUGAUUGCACAUGUUUCGAUUAAUGAUAGAGAAAAUCUUUAUCGUUUGUUAACUAAACGUAAUUUAGUACAUUAUAAACAUAGUGAAACAGUUAAUGAAAUACAAACAUUAUGGAAACAAGGUCAAAUGACUAAUUUUGAUUAUUUAAUGCAAUUAAAUAAAUUAGCUGGACGAACAUUUUUAGACUUGAUGCAAUACCCUAUAUAUCCAUAUAUAGUUGCAAAUUAUGAUACUUCAAUACUUGAUUUACGUUUACCAUCAAAUUAUCGUAAUCUAUCUAAACCGAUAGCAAUUCAACAUACUGAAAAAGAAGAAAAAUUUAUUGAGAUAUAUAAUGCUUUAGAAGAUGCACAACUUGUUGCCCUAUCACAUCAACAAGAUAAUGAACAACAACAACAAUUAUCAGCAUUUGGUCAUCAAUCAGAUCCAUAUCAUUUUGCUUCAUUAUAUUCUAAUUCUGGCAUUGUUCUUCAUUAUCUUGUACGUCUUUUACCCUAUACACGAAUGUUUCUUGAUUAUCAAGAUAAUAAUUUUGAUUGUGCUGAUCGAACAUUUCAUGAUGUUAAAACAUCAUAUUGGUUAUCAUCAUUUGAAUCGACAUCAGAUUUUAAAGAAUUAAUACCAGAAUUUUAUUAUCUACAUGAAUUUUUAUUAAAUAAACAAGGCUUUAAUUUUGGUAAACGACAAAAUGGUCUCCAAGUAUCUGAUGUUACUCCACCAACAUGGUCAAAACGUAAUGCUCGUUUAUUUGUCUAUGGUCUUCGACAAGCACUUGAAUCUGAUUAUGUAACUACACAUUUGCAUCAAUGGAUCGAUCUUAUAUUUGGAUAUAAACAAACAGGAAAAGCAGCCCUCGAUGCAAUAAAUGUAUAUCAUGCUGCUUGUUAUUAUGGUUUUCCAAUUGAAAAUAUAAAUGAUCAAUUAACUCAAAAAGCUUAUUAUGGAAUUAUUCGUACAUAUGGUCAAGUACCAAAACAAUUAUUUUUUCAUUCACAUCCAUCAAUUAAUACAAGUAAUUCAACAUUAUCUUCAACAUCAAAUUCAAAUGCAAAUGAUAAACGUAAUAGUGAACGUACUGUAUUUGAAUCAAAGUUACCACAUGAUAGUAUUCAUCGUCUAAUAAUUGGUAUACGUUGGGGAGAUUAUGUUGGUUCUUAUGAUAUGCCAUCACCAGAUUAUAUUAAAAGUCAUGAUUGUCCAGUACAAGUAUUAUCAUUUGUUGUACUUAAUACAAGUCCAUAUAUUAUUUGUUUACCAUCAUCAUCAUUAAUUAUACAUAAUGAACAAAUAUUAAAUGAAUCAAUUGGUGAACAAAAUAAUUUAUCUCAAUCAAAUUCAUCAACAAUGACAUUAGAUACAAUGGUUGCAUUAAAAUGGAAUACACAUGAUGGUAUUGUACGUUGUAGACAAUUGAAACAAUUCAAAACUUGGUAUAAUUUUCUUGUACCUAUUGAUGAUCAAGAUAAGAUAACAUGUUGUACAUCAAUUGAUUAUCGUUUAUUAUUUAUGGGAAAAACUUCCGGUUUAAUUGAAAUUUAUCGUAUUCAACGAAAUAAAAAUACACCAACUGGUAUUGAAUUAAUUAAACGUUAUUUACCAUUUAUUGCACAUCGUUCACCAAUUACUUGUUUAUAUGCUAAUCGACAAUUUAGUUUAUUAAUUAGUGCAAGUGCUGAUGGGAUGUUAACUUUAUGGGAUACAAAUCGUUUAUCCUAUGUUCGAACAUAUAAACAAGAUAAUCAAACAAUUUAUCAUUUAACAUCAUCUGAAACAACCGGUGACAUUGCAUAUUUAUCGUCUAGUGGUAGUCAAUGGCAUCUAUCUUAUUUAACAUGUAAUUGUGAUUUAAUUGGUUGUUUAACAUUUUCUGAACAAUUAAAUUGUUUAUGUUUUACAUCAGCACCUGAAGGAACAUGUGUUAAUGUUCUUUUAGGUGGUUUUGAAAAUGGUAUUAUAUCAAUGUGGUCAACAUGGGAUUUAACAUUAUUACGUCAACUUGAUUUUUUUCAAUUACAUUCACAUGCAAUUGUUGCAAUAUGUGUACCUAAAUUUGAUCGCCGUCGAUUAUAUGUUGUUGAUCGUGAUCGUCAUUUACAUACUAUUGAAAGUCGUCUAUCAUCGUCAACAUCGACUGCACUACCGCAAAUUCUAUUUCUUUCAUAA